AUUCACAUAUCGUCCCUAGUCCAUCCAUACAAAGCGAGUGUGAGCUAACCUAACCAGGUUAGAAGAAUUAACCUAACCCUGGUUAAAUCUUAUAUCAGGAGGCGUUUAUGGCUUCGUGAUGGAGUUGUCCCUUUUAUCAUCUUUCUAUUUAAAGGACUCCGUCAUUGAUCCCUGUUCUCUGUUCAGUUGAUCAUCCAUUCCAUUCUUAUUUCUCUGUACUCGCACACAACAUUGUGCGAGAAGUGAAGUCACAAUGUCGGUCUCUCUCAGAUUUUCGGCGCUCUGUUUAUUUCUGGUUUAUAUGCUUUUCCUUUCCGUCAAUGGCGUUUCGAGUAUGGAGGAGGAAAAUGAGUUGCAGAGCUUAAUAGACAACUCAACAAUGGCCGAUAGGAGAAAUGAAGAUAUUGCUAUUGAAAAGAAUGAUAAGGCUGUUGAAGAGAAUCCGGAAAGGGUCGCUUCUAUGGUUGACAUGAGCAUUCGCAAUAGUACUGAAAGGAGGAAAUUAGGAUUUUUGUCAUGUGGCACCGGGAACCCAAUCGACGAUUGCUGGCGGUGUGACAGGAACUGGCAGCGCCACCGCAAGAGGUUGGCAGAUUGCGCUAUUGGGUUCGGACGUAACGCAAUCGGAGGUCGUGACGGACGUUUCAAAACAAUCGACGCUCGUGGAGUCAACGUCCACAUCGCAAACGGCGGUUGCAUCACAAUCCAAUACAUCACAAACGUCAUCAUCCACGGACUCCAUAUCCACGACUGUAAACCAACCGGAAACGCCAUGGUCCGAAGCUCCCCCUCACACUACGGCUGGCGAACAAUGGCUGACGGUGACGGAAUAUCCAUCUUCGGCUCCAGCCAUAUCUGGAUCGACCAUAAUUCUCUCUCUAACUGCGCCGAUGGUUUAGUCGACGCCAUCAUGGGUUCAACCGCGAUUACAGUUUCUAACAAUUACUUCACCCACCACAACGAGGUUAUGUUACUAGGCCACAGUGACACCUACGACAGGGACAAAAUUAUGCAAGUCACCAUCGCAUAUAAUCAUUUCGGUGAAGGUCUUGUUCAAAGAAUGCCACGUUGUAGGCACGGCCAAGGCAACCGAUACCUUGCCCCUGUUAAUCCUAAUGCUAAAGAGGUGACUCAUAGAGUGAUGACAGCUGGAAGGUGGAGGCAUUGGAAUUGGAGAUCGGAAGGUGACCUAAUGUUGAAUGGAGCAUUUUUUGUCCCAUCUGGGAAAGGAGCGGGAGCCAGUUACGCACGUGCCUCGAGCUUAAGUGCUAAACCGUCGUCUGUUGUGGCGUCUCUUACUUCGGGAUCGGGUGCGCUUGUUUGUCGACGAGGCAGAGAAUGUUAGAAAAACGAUCUUUUUUGAGAAAUCUCAGUUUUCAUUUUUCUGGAACAUUCUCUUUCGUUUUUUAUUUGGAACGAAAUACUUGAGAAGUGUACAUCUAAUUCUAUUUUCCCUCUCCUCCCUUGUAAAUUUCUGUAGUUGUUUACGUAAAAUUCUCUUGAUAGAUGAAAUUCAAGAGAGGAAGUGAACAGCAAUUUAAGUGUGUUUACCGAUUGUUCUUUUGUAAUCCUUUGUUACUCCAAUAGAACUAUUAUUACUUUGAAAGAAAAGUGAAAACUCUUAUUGAUAUUAGCUAUUUGUCUGUUCCCAACUACCGAUGGUUGUCCCACAUUGAUGGGUGAGAGAAAAGAGGAAAGGAAUAGGGGAAUAUAAAUAGAAACGGGUGGGGG